AUGUCUUCUCCUCAGACUCCGUUCGAGGACUCCGGCCACGGUGCACAUGCCACCGGCAUUCGUGGCUUGCUACGCGGUUUCUCCAAGCGCAGGCCAGAAAGCCGACAGGAUACAAAUGCGGGAGAGAUGCGAGAGAGGAGCUGGGCACUCCCGAAGGAGGGGGAGUGUAAGAACUGGAGUCUGGAGGAACUCCAGCAGGAGUACGAAAUCCUGCGACGAAAGUACAAGGAAGCUGACCAGUUCUAUCUGGACAAGGCUAAAAUCACCGAGAGAAAGGUGACAGUGCACUCUGAGAACGUGGCAAACCAGUGCCGCGAAUGGGUGCAUGACUGCAAGAAGACUUUGCAGUCUCUGGAGGGUGAUCUCAAACUGAUCAUCAACAAGAAAAAUGUCAAGGGAGUGAUUACACAAGCCUAUAAGCAUCCGACCGAGGCCGAUGUGAAUCAGGCACUGAAGCAGAUCGAUGACGCCGACAAGCGUAUUAGAGCACUUCAGAGCGAGAUUAGAGGUUAUGUCGAUGCUCUUCGACAGUGGCUGGACAAGGAGCCUGGCUUUUAA